AUGAACAUGGGCGAGUACUAUCUGUCACAGUACGAUGUGCCGUCCUCGAAGGUGUGGGUGUGGGCCGCCAUGCUGUUCAUGAUCGCCUGCUACGCGCUCUUCAUGGCUCUGGGGUGGUACGUGCUUGAAUACCACCGCUUCGAGAGCCCCGAGCACACGAUCAUCAAGGACAAGGACGAAGAAGCGGACGGAAGCUACGCACUGGCAGCAACUCCCAAGGGAUCCAGCACCAGCUCGGCGGCUCGAGCGGUUGCUUUGGACAUCGGGCGCGAAAAGAACUUCACGCCGGUGACCAUCGCAUUCCAGGAUUUGUGGUACUCGGUGCCGCACCCGAAGAACCCGAAGGAGUCGCUCGAUCUACUGAAGGGUAUCAGCGGAUUCGCCAAGCCUGGUACCAUGACGGCUUUGAUGGGAUCCUCGGGCGCAGGCAAGACGACGCUCAUGGACGUGAUCGCGGGUCGUAAGACUGGCGGCAAAAUUCAGGGGAAGAUUUUGUUUAACGGCUACGAGGCCACGGACUUGGCCAUCCGACGAUGCACGGGCUACUGCGAGCAGAUGGACAUCCACUCGGAUGCGACGACGUUCCGCGAGGCCUUCACGUUCAGCACCUUCCUUCGUCAAGACAGCAGCAUCCCGGACAGCAAGAAGUUCGACUCGGUGGAAGAGGUGCUGGACCUGCUGGACAUGCACGACAUCGCAGACCAAAUUGUGCGCGGCAGCUCGGUGGAGCAGAUGAAGCGGCUGACGAUCGGCGUGGAGCUUGCCGCCCAGCCAAGCGUGCUGUUCCUGGACGAACCGACCAGCGGCUUGGAUGCACGCUCGGCCAAGCUGAUCAUGGAUGGAGUUCGAAAGGUGGCCGACAGCGGACGGACCAUUGUAUGCACGAUCCACCAGCCGUCGUCCGAUGUGUUCUACCUGUUCGACCACUUGCUGUUGCUGAAGCGCGGCGGUGAGACGGUUUUCGUCGGUGAACUGGGCGAGAAGUGCCGCAAACUGGUGGAGUACUUCGAGGACAUCCCGGGUGUUGCGCCGCUGCCGGAACGGUACAACCCUGCCACAUGGAUGCUCGAGUGCAUUGGCGCCGGAGUCAACAACGGCGGUCACAACACGAUGGACUUCGUCGAAUACUUCAAGAACAGCGAGGAGAAGCGCGUUCUGGACAACGAGAUGGCUCAGGAGGGUGUGACCGUCCCCGCUCCCAACCUCCCGGAGAUGAUCUUCCAGAGGAAGCGCGCCGCGAGCUCGUGGACGCAGGCCAAGUUCUUGACGAUGCGCUUCAUGCGAAUGUACUGGCGCACGCCCACGUACAACAUGACGCGCUUCGUGAUCGGCCUGUUCCUCGCGUUGCUCUUUGGACUAACGUACGUGGACGUGGAGUACGUGAGCUACCAAGGGAUCAACGGCGGUGUGGGUAUGGUGUUCAUGACGACGCUUUUCAACGGUAUCGUGUCGUUCAACGGCGUGCUGCCCAUUGCCUCCGGUGACCGCGCAGCUUUCUACCGGGAGCGUGCGAGUCAGACUUACAGUGCACUCUGGUACUUCGUGGGCUCGACGAUCGCUGAGAUCCCGUAUGUCUUCUUCGGCUGCUUGAUCUUCACGGUCAUCUUCUUCCCGUUGGUCGGCUUCACUGGGUUUGGUACGGGAGUGCUCUACUGGAUCAACGUCUCGCUGCUGGUGCUCAUGCAGACGUACAUGGGGCAGCUCUUCGUCUACGCGCUGCCAAGUGUUGAAGUCUCCGCGAUCAUCGGCGUGCUCGUGAACUCGAUUUUCUUCUUGUUCAUGGGCUUCAAUCCGCCUGCCGACUCCAUUCCCGAAGGAUACCAGUGGCUCUACACGAUCACACCGCAAAAGUACCCAAUAUCUAUCCUCACGGCGCUCGUCUUCUCCGAUUGCACGACUGAACCGACCUGGAACAGCACGCUCGGCGCGUACGAGAACGUGGGCUCGGAGCUCGGAUGUCAACCCGUGACGAAUCUGCCGGUGACGAUCGACCAUAUCACCGUCAAGGGCUACGUCGAGUCAAGGUUCAAGAUGAAGCACGACGACAUCUGGAGCAACUUCGGCUACGCUAUCUUGUGCAUCGUCGUCUUGAGAUUGUUGGCGUUGCUCUCGCUGCGCUACAUCAACCACCAGAAGCAGUAA